AUGGACUGCGGUGCCACAGAUAUGCCUCGGCGUGCUCACCUUCCAGCCCGAAUCCAAACUCAUAUCAGGAACCAGGACUCACAUUCAUCCUGUAUGAGCCACGAUACUUCACCAAUGGCCGACCGGAUUCCUUCGCCCCGUCGGUGGUCUCCGACCUACCAACCGCGAAGGCGCAGCAAACAGGUGCCUUCUUUAUCUUUCGUACCAUCACCAGACAUGCCUCGCAUAGAGUCUCAGGACUUUUCGGCUUCAGUACCUAGGAGGCCGGUAGACCGAUCACCAGCAUGCAUGUCGCCGUUCCGCUCUGUUCGGAGAAUGAAAGAACCUUUUCAACUCAUGCUACCUGUUUCGCCUGCAUCUAUGGACGGUGCGCCACCGACAUUCCCUGAAAAACCAGUUAGAUCACCAAGACCACGAGGUGGACAUUCACUGAGGACUUGGAGAUCCGAUCAGAAUUUAAAGGUUGACAUCGGAGGUCUCGGCCUCUUACCAAGCCCGCCAAUGUCAGAAUCGCGACCUUCCAGUGCGGGCCCGGAGUCUUCAUACUUCAGGUUUGAGUCUGCUGAGACAAAUGAUUCGAAAGCCGAUCUCAGCCAUCGUGUGAAGCACGAUCUGAAUGAAGACAUCAGCGAAGAUCCCAAUGAGGAUUUGGAGGAAGACCCAGAAGCCGACAGGCGUCACCCUACGGAAAAUGAUCUGGGUACCAAGCCGCACGAGACAGAGCCGAUCAUUGAAGAUUCGGAGUCGCCUGAAUCCGAAGAUGAGGAGGAUAUCACACCAACUGCGGCUCAACUCGACGUCGACGAGAAGCUCGAGUACCAGGCCUAUCGUCCAUCGGAUUGGAGCAAUCAACCUCGUACUGAUGUGAUGAAUGUUCAUGAGGCACAUUCUGAACUCGUUCGCCAAUGCGAGUCUGUCAAUGAACCGACGUCGCCUGUGCCACAUCCCGAAACCCAAGACUCACCACUUGAGUCACCCAAUCCCGCUCAUCUUUCCACAGAAUUUCCACCUGGAAGUUCCCCCAGACCCCAACGAUCACGUACCACCACAGUGUCCAGCGAAGCUAGCUGGGUUCCUAGCAACUUUUCUUAUUGUGAGAGGUGGCUGCAGUGUGUGCCAACGGACGAAGUCAACACCCAGAGCAGUCCUACCAAAGAAUUCAAUAACAGGCGCAAAUUCCAAAUCGUCGAAAACGAUCCCCCGAUGCCGAAACUUGAUAUCAUCCCCGGAGCCAAAGCCCUGGAAGAGCCUGUCCGCUUCGUGGUCGCCAGUAAAACAAAGCCCAAGCUUGUUGAUAUAGCACGACAAUCCCCUACUGCAGUUUCACUGCCUCCACCACCCCCUCUACUCCCCCAGACAGUCCCAACGACGCCUGACCAGCGUCAACAAGAGGUUUCUGCCUUCAGUCCCGACACCCCGAUGGAUGUCUCGGACAGUGGUUAUGACACUCGUGACUCCGGCUAUUCGUUCGAUAGCUACGAUGAAAGCAAACCCGAUGAUGACGAUGAUGCGUACACAGACCCAGGGUCCCUGACCUCCUCGGACAGUGUUGGGUCCACGGUUGUCUGCGAUAGGCCUGAAUCCGCGCAGGGAGAGCGCGAGCUGCAAUCACUUGAAAUACGCUCUGGAAGCGUCAGCCCCAAGGCACCAUCACCGUCUCCACCUCAAUCACCAGGGCGGAGCUCCAACAAGUCCGACAAGCAAGAUGAGAAACCACAGCUAUGGCCCCAAGACUGGAACUUGGAUGACCAUGAGUGGACUCUUGAUGAGCUGGAUCAUUCUGUGAAAGACUUCCCCCGUAAUAUGCUUCGACUCACCUCCCCGGUUAUCCUUUUCCUUCGCAAGAGCGAUGAGGAGCCAUUCAUCAAACCAUUCCGAACAAUCUUUCCUGACGUCUCCGAGAAUCUUCUCGAUUGUCUCUGUGCCGCUCUUUUGGCCCGAAACUACCUCCUGUCCCUUUCAGCUAUACACCGAAGCAAACCCUCUGUUUCCACCCGCAACGAUUGCAUCCCCGACUCAGUUCCCACCAAAGCAUACAGCACUCUGGGAAUUCAAAUCCCUUCUGCCACCCCAUCCAAGGGAAAAGACCGCGUCUUUGCCAAACGCAGCACGGCCCUCCGACCACACCUUGAGCGAAUAGUGGACAAUCUCCUCUUCGCCAUCUGUGGUCGCUCUGACCCUACUCUCAAAGCAGCCGUCGAGGUUCUUGCCCAAGUCCUCGAAACGAAUGCUUAG